CGGGGGUGGCCCAACGGACCGAAGGGACACCAAAAUAGACAUCCCACUGCCGCCGUACAUGACGCCUUCGGCGGAAAAAUUUGCAGAUAAACGAGUUAAGAGACACAGCAUCCACGGCAUGAUGGAGGAAGAAAAUGUGGUCAGACCGCAUCAGGAAAUCGCCGCCCUGUCGCUGGAGGAGAAGAAGUACUUGCUGGCCGUCGAGCGGGGUGAUGUCGCCACGACAAGAAGGAUACUGGAGAAAGCCGAGGCGGAAUCGCACAUCAACAUCAACUGUGUCGACCCACUGGGACGGUCCGCCCUGUUGAUGGCCAUCGACAACGAGAACCUGGAGAUGGUGGAGCUGCUCAUCAAUCACCGGAUGGACACGAAGGACGCCCUGCUGCACGCCAUCUCGGAGGAGUUUGUCGAAGCCGUCGAGGUGCUGCUGGACCACGAGGACAGCAGUCACAAGAGCGGUGAUCCUCACAGUUGGGAGGCACUUCCGCCGGAUACGGCCACCUUCACGCCGGACAUCACCCCACUGAUACUGGCCGCCCACCGCGAUAACUAUGAGAUCAUCAAAAUUUUGCUCGACCGCGGCGCCACACUGCCUAUGCCGCAUGACGUUCGAUGCGGCUGCGAUGAUUGCGUUACAUCCCGCCAGGAGGACUCGCUGCGUCACUCUCGGUCGCGUAUCAACGCCUACCGGGCGUUAGCCAGUCCGUCCCUUGUGGCGCUUUCGUCCAAGGAUCCCAUACUGACCGCGUUCGAGCUGAGCUGGGAGCUACGACGGUUGAGCUUUCUCGAGCAUGAGUUCAAGAACGAGUACCAAGAGCUACGACGACAGUGUCAGGACUUUGCGACGGCACUGCUCGAUCACACGAGGUCCUCCCAUGAGCUGGAAGUGUUGCUAAACCACGACCCCACCGGACCAGCCUUUGAGCAUGGCGAUCGGAUGCAUCUGAACCGGUUGAAGCUCGCCGUCAAGCUGCGCCAGAAGAAGUUCGUUUCGCAUCCAAACGUGCAGCAGCUGCUGGCCAGCAUCUGGUACGAGGGGCUGCCGGGCUUCCGGAGGAAAAACAUGGCACUGCAAGCAUUAGAGAUCGUGCGAAUAGGCAUCAUGUUUCCGCUGUUUUCAUUCUCGUACAUCAUCGCACCGCACUCGUCGCUCGGCCAAACCAUGCGGAAACCGUUCAUCAAGUUCAUCUGUCACAGUGCGUCGUACUUCACGUUUUUAUUUCUUCUUAUGCUGGCCUCGCAACGCAUCGAGACGGUGAUGGGGAGCGUGUGGGGAGCGGAUGUAAGCCAGCAGCAUGACGAAGUGCCUACCAAGCGCGGUGCAAGCCCAACCCUGAUCGAGUGGCUCAUAUUGGCCUGGGUCAGCGGUCUCAUCUGGAGCGAGGUGAAGCAGCUGUGGGACGUGGGACUGCAGGAGUACGUGAACGAUAUGUGGAAUGUGAUAGACUUUGUGACCAAUUCGCUGUACGUGGCGACGGUGGCUCUACGGGUGGUUUCCUACUUCGAGGUCCAAAAAGAGAUGACAUACAAUCCUCAGGCGGCGGAUUUGCCUCGCGAAAGCUGGGACACGUGGGAUCCGAUGUUAAUAUCGGAGGGCCUGUUUUCGGCGGCCAACAUCUUCAGUUCGCUCAAGCUGGUGUACAUCUUUUCGGUGAAUCCACAUCUCGGGCCGCUACAGGUGUCUCUGUCGCGUAUGGUGAUGGACAUCAUGAAGUUUUUCUUCCUCUACGUGCUGGUGCUGUUUGCGUUCAGCAGUGGUCUCAAUCAACUGUUGUGGUAUUACGCCGACAUGGAGAAAAAACGCUGUCCGGAUGUGUCUAAUUUUUCAAAUCCACAAAACGUCACCUCCACGGAUCCGAAUGCGUGUCUUGUGUGGCGACGUUUUGCCAACCUUUUCGAGACGAUACAGACGCUUUUCUGGGCCGUAUUUGGUUUGGUGGAUUUGGAGAACUUUGAGCUGGAUGGAAUCAAAAUUUUCACGCGUUUCUGGGGUAUGCUGAUGUUUGGAACGUACUCGGUGAUCAACAUCGUUGUGCUGCUGAACCUGCUGAUUGCCAUGAUGAAUCACUCAUAUCAACUGAUCUCGGAACGAGCGGACGUCGAGUGGAAGUUUGCCCGGUCGAAGCUCUGGAUCAGCUAUUUCGAGGAGGGUGGCACGUGUCCUCCACCGUUCAACAUCAUACCGACACCGAAGUCCAUAUUUUACAUCUUCCAGUGGGUGAAGCGGAAGUUCUGCGGUCACUCCAAGGCCGUGAAAAAGGAGCACAUGAAAACGAUUCGACGGAAGGUAAAGCAAGCGAGCGAGCGAGACUUCCGGUAUCAGAGCAUCAUGCGCAACUUAGUACGACGGUACGUGACGGUGGAGCAGCGAAAGGCGGAAUCGCAGGGCGUCACGGAGGAUGACGUGAACGAAAUCAAGCAGGACAUCUCGGCGUUCCGGUGCGAGCUGGUCGAGAUCCUGAAGAACAGCGGCAUGAACACGGCCAUCGCAACCGGGCAGGGUAGCGGCGUAGGUGGCAAGAAGAACCGUCAGAAGGAACGUCGGCUGAUGAAGGGCUUCAAUAUUGCGCCUCCACCGGCACCGGAUGCGCCACAACACCUGACGCCUGUAUCGGAGUUUAUCUCGCAGCUGCCGGAUCAUUCGCCGCAUGAGCUGUUCGCGGGCGUUUUUGGGCCUGGACUUACACCCAAGAAAGCCCUUCAUCAGGUCAACCCGAUGCACCAGUAUUCGUCCCAAUCGCAGAGCUCCUUCGGGGAGAACAAUAACCCCAUCCACAAGCUGGCGAAGCUUGCUCCAAAGUUUAACUCCAAGGGCCGUCCCGGUUCUCACAAAAAGCGUUGGGGUACGUUGAUCGAGGCCGCGAAACACGGAAGUGUUUCGAAGUUCAUCGGUCGAUCGCGCUCGGAAGACUCGGUGUGCAAUCACGGACCGGGUCGAGGUGAAUCGGCAAGCCACAGCAACAGUCCGGCGUCAGAUGAAGCAAUCACGGAGUCACCUUCCGACUCAAACCCCAGCCUCGAUCGGCCCGACGUGGAACCGUGUCCUGAUCCUCACAAGCACUCGCAUCGAGCUCGCGAUCGACAUCACGAUCGACGACAGCACGGUGGAAGUGAUCGUACGCAACAGCACAGCAGUGCCGUGGCCGCAAAUGGGAAAAAUGGACGUGAGGCGAAGGAACACACGCACCAUUACCAUCUGCACUUUGGCGCUCUGGCCGCACUGAAGCGCAAGAGGAAAAAGUUCUCGAACAGCCGCAACUCCAGUCCGGUGCUAGAGCCACCCUGUGAGUCGCAACCGGCGGCAAAUGCUGGCAACGUGGCGGAAAACGCAAACAGCAAGGUACUGAAACGUGCUUCCAGUGUGCCAACGCGAGGUGCCAGUGAUGAGCCCGAACCGACCAGCAGCGCUCGAACGGCGCGUCAUGAAGCGACCCAAAGUCAGCAGCACUCGAUCGAGCAGCAACUUGAAGGACCCGCGCCACUGACUCCGUCAACCACGGAGGAAAGUGUUGAACAGCCAGCACCGGUUGCCACGCUAUCAACACCACCUCAGGCAUCACUGACAGUGCACAAGCACCAGAAGAUCAUUCGUGGUCGGAACUGCUCCAACGAACCGUUACUCCGUUUGCAGGAGCAUCGCGAUGGUAGUGAUGGUGGAGGAAGCCCCAGCACUUACGAGGGUGCUUUCGGGGGUGGAGGAGCAGGUGGCACUGGUAGCGGAACCGGAGGAGGAGGAGGACAGUCGUCGGCGUCGGCAACGUUGCGUUCGGUACCAAAGAUACCGGGCGUGACUCCAUUGAGGGGCCAUUUGCAUUCGCAAGGCUGGUUAUAGGAGAAGGAAGCACGGAGCGUUGUGGGGCAUGUGGUGGCGCUCGCUAGACUAUUUGUGUGUAAAUAUAGCGGAAGGCCGAACUGCCUGGUGCAAGGGUGGUGGUUGAAGGAAAGCAACAUCCUUAGACGGACAUCUGUAAACUAGUAUAAAGCAUCAAUUCUAAACCAGUGUAUAAGACACGCGAAUCGGUUGCAAGCGAGAAGAUGAAAUCAAGCACCUCCUUCGACGACCAAUGGGAUGGGAACGAUGGGAACGAGAGCAGGAGGAGAAAAUGGCAGGUUUUCCGCUGGUCGGUUGUCGUGAACUCUUGUAAAGAGGAGUCAACCCCUCGAGGGGGUAUCCGGAAGGGCCUAACAGGAAAAGUAACGGGUGUGAGAAGGAGAUGUUUUGCGUGAGAGAACUCGUCUGUCGGCAACGAUCCUGUCGAGGUUUCACUUCGGAAGGUUGCCACGUUGGGAGGACGAAGUGUGGUGUCCUUUGGGCGCCGAAGUUGAGGCUACCGACACGAUCUAAUCCUGUUGGAAAGAGGCCACUACCUGCGGCGGAUCAACGGUGGUUUUAGCGAUAGGUAAUACGAAAACACAUAAUAGGGGACCAGGUCUCUUGAGAAGUGAAUGUGCUAAGUGGCCGUUAGAGUAGAUGUUAAACAAUCAUUUGUUAGGCUAUUGGAAAUCGUACAGGAACAACAGCGGGAUUGCAUUUCGUGUCACCCUUUGCGAGUGAUCAGUUGUUAUCCUCGAACGUGCUACCACUGGGACUCAUGUGCACUCUCAUGCAUUCUCUUUUAACCGUUUAACCGUUAAGAUGGUGUGCGUCAAUUUCGUACACCUUAAAAACCCUACAAUUUUUAGCACGAUAAGCGAAACAUACCACACCGGAUUCCAGCGCGUACAAUUUGCGAUGGCAGGUAGAAUAUCAUCAAAUGGAAGCAUCUAUGAAACGGGAGAAACAUGUAAGAACUAACCCGAGAGGUCGUUUUUAAAACGGAAUGAAACGUCAAAGAAAACUCCAACACUAAUUGAUUAUCCUGCGCUCGUGCGCAUUCUGCUGACGAUGAGCCGUCGGCACUUCUUUAAAAUUGUCGUUGUAGCUGUUAUGGAACAAUGUUCAACUGUACAUGGAAACAACAUUAAUUAAAGAGAAAACUUAACACAGAAGUAAAAAGGAGGCCUUAACACAACAUGUAACAGAUAUAUAAUAAUUAUCCCAUACAGAAACUGGAACAACUAAUGGUAGCUUACGUGAACUUGCAUUCAACGCGAACUAAGAAUGCGAAAAAUGUGAAAUGGAAAACACUGUAGGAACGAUAUGUCGUUCGAAUGAUAGUGCACACUAAAAGAAAUGUUAGCUAUUAUCGAAAAAAAAAACAACAAGUUCAAUAGAUUAAGAAAACAUAAUUAAUCGUAGUACAGAUUAGGUUGGCGAAAAUCGGUUCACAGAAAUACGAAGAUACGAUAGGUAAAGAGGCAGAAGAAGGGGUAAUAAUAAAGGAAAAGUAGAAAAGAUCGAAUACCAUCAUGUAGAGAAAAAAGAAACAGAAGUAAUUAAAUACCAUUAGAAGCAUAGAAAAGAAGCUACGAGGUCGUUUAACCAAAAACAUAUUUAUGGCGGAACAUGGGCAACAAAACACGACUAUCCAGGCGCAUGUAGAUAAUGCAAAUAGAUAAGAGGGCAGAUCUAGAGCAGAAUUUAUGGCUUUGUCAAGCGCCAGCCGGAUGACUAGCGGUAGCGGCUGCUAUUGAUACUGCACCAAAAAAGGCGUUGAUGUCUCGGGCGAAGGAGUUCAGUCGAGCUGCGGUACAGUAGCAUUAGUGGCUGGAAUCGCGUUGUCUAACCGGUGCUUUCGAGGAGCAGAACAUUGAUUGUUGAUUGAUUGUUGAAUGGAUGGGAUGGAGUGUUGACUUUCAGUUAAAACUGCAAGAUUUGUACGUUACAAGCUCGCUGACAGUUGUAUGAAUAGAUAGAUCAGCUGGAAAAGCCGUGGAAAAGCGAAAACGGAUUCCGGAAUUUGUCAAACGUUCCGCUAACGAGCGGCGAAUGUGA